UAUUAAGACGAGAAAUAGCCGAAGAUGUAUCAGUCGUUCGAGAGACUUGCGCUACAAGCGACUACUUGAAGCGCACUAAUAGAGACACGUGGGAGGAUGAACGGAAUCGUGCUGCUUUCUUUGGUGUCCUUGGCCGCGGCCACGCCAGUGUUCGUGAACCAAGAUGAAGGAGGGCACUACAUGUUGCAGUUAUUUAGCGGCCAGUACGCGAUCGAUCGAUCCGAUCAGGAGAUCUCCGGUACUUCCGGCGGCGCCGGUGGUUUCUACGGGGGUGGUGGCUACGGGGGUGGCUACGGGGGUGGCUACGGCGGAGGUAAUGAGGGUGGUCACGUGGCCAGCUACGAGGGCGGUGAUGUCGGGGGUGGCCACGGGGGCGGUGAUCUCGGGGGUAGCCACGGGGGCGGUGGUUUCGAUGCUGGUUCCUCCGGCGGGCAUUUAGAGUCCGGCGGUGGUUUCGAUGGUGGUCAUCAAGAUUACUCUUCCGGCGGCGGAUUCGACGGUGGUCACGGCGGUGACGAAGGCGGCCAUGGAAUCUCGCUGGACAGCGGGCAUAAUUACAUUCACAGUGUUCCCAUCUCCGAGCACGUCGAAGUGACAAAGCCUGUGGCCGUGCCAGUCUACAAGCACAUCGGUGUACCGGUUCCAAAAUCAGUGCCGAUAGCUGUGCCGCAUCCGGUAGCAGUUGGCGUCCCGCAACCUUAUCCCGUUCAUGUUCCCGUACCGAAGCACAUUCCCAUACAAGUUGUGAAGACGAUAGCGGUCCCGGUAGAGAAGAAGGUGCCUUAUCCCGUGGAGAAGCACAUACCGGUCCCCAUCGAGAAGCCAGUUCCCAUCACAAUCGAGAAGCACAUCCCUGUCCCGGUCGUGAAGCCGUAUCCCAUCAAAAUUCCCGUCUACAAGACGAUUUACCACCAUGCGAAGAAGCAUUAAAGCGUACCUGUGGCGUGGAGGAUUUUCAUGGAUAGGAAAAAAGGCGGCUCGGAAGUGACCCUCAGCAAUCUUUCAAUCGCAAAUUUUCAAUUAAAGCACAUUAGAGAUAUUGGCCCAUGUGCGAUCGAGAGAGCGAGAAGAUGCUUACUCUGUAUGAAAAUAUCUUCUUGCUCACACGAUGAACGGCAGCCGUACGUUUGUUCGUAAACAAACGCUAUGUCUGAAAAAUAAUUACGUACAGCUAAAUAAUCUACCGAGUGCUCGGGGAUUGCUUAGAAGUAAUUUCAGCCGCAUUAGCUACUAGUAGUUUGUUCAAAACUUAUACGAUAGUACUUUGCUUAUUAUUGUGUAAGAAUUGACUUGAACACUGAACUGACGUUCCCGUCCUAAUCCUCGUAGCAAUUAUUCGCCGAUGUUCUGCCAAAAGGAGAAAGUUGACGAAAAACAGCCCAUGUUCGCUCCAUGGUCGAGCGCGCUCUUUGAUUCCGAUUUAUUUUUUUUGUAUAUACGCGCAUUUGUAAGCGUCGGCGCAACCGGCGCGUUGUUGAGCCACUUUUUUAUGUUUUGUUGUUCUGUUGCGUUUUUGAAUAAAAUGCUUACAAAACUGAG